AUGGCAAAUAUCAAUCUCAUUGAUUUACCAAUUGAACUUCUCCACUGUAUUUUCGAUCACCUCGAUACGAUGACUAUUCUUUAUUCGCUUCGUCCAGUAUGACAACUCAAUGCAAGAUAUCACCGAUUAACAUCUUUAACUAUACAUGAUUGCAAAUUGCCACUUGAACGCCUUCGAUCAAUACUUAUCACGGUACCGUCUUUAACCUAUCUUAAAUUGGUAUCCUGUAGAUCUGUAUAUGGUUCUGUCUUUGAUGGUUCAUUUUGGGAACAAUUUAUACAAACACGUUUUCCACAACUGAAAAAAUUUGAGUUUUGCUUUACUUAUCCUAUCGAAAGUGAUAUUACCAUACGCAGUGUGAAUUCAAUUAUUACUUCAUUUCGAUCAUCAUUUUGGAUACAUGAGAAACGAUGGUUUACUAUUUGCGAUCAUUUUAUAAAAUCAAGACAGAUCGCUGUCUAUACUAAACCGAUCUGUAUGAAUCGAUAUGAGACAUUGAUCAGAUGUGAAGCUAUGCCAGUGAAUAGUAACUGUCGUUUAAUUGAAUAUUCUAACAAUAUUGAAAAUAAGACCCUUACAACACUGGAUCUUAAAGGAUGUCGUAUUGGUGGGCAAGUCAUUCAAGAUUUAGCUGAUGGAUUAUCUGAUGAUACACAACUCACCACGCUUUAUCUUGGAAACAAUCAAUUUGAAUCGUUAGAAACACAGCAUCUGGCUACAUUACUACAAUCUAAUUUAACAAUUAAAACACUUCAUAUUCCAUUUAACACUAUUAGAAAUGACGGAAUACAAUAUAUAGUCAACGGAUUAGAAGGCAAUAAAGCACUUACUACAUUAAAUCUUCAAUUUUGUGAGAUUGAAGAUAGUGGAGUACAAUAUCUUGCGCUACUGUUAAUGAAUAGUACGACACUCUUGUCGUUAAAUCUUAGUAAUAAUUAUUUAGGAGUAUUAGGAACACAAUACCUUUGUCAUGCAUUACAGCAAAAUAUUACACUUACCACAUUAGACCUAAGUGGAAACAAUCUUGGGAUUGAAGGAGCAAAAGUUUUGGCUGAUGCAUUACCAUGCAUGACAACACUUGUCACAUUAAAUAUAUUAAAAACUCAAAUAUUGGAUCAAGGAGCUCAAGCAAUAGCACUUGCAUUGUUAUCUAAUACAUCACUAAAAGCACUCGAUCUACGUGGAAAUUGUAUUGAAGAACCCGGAGCACAACAAUUCAUUCAUGUAUUACGAAAUAAUAUAGUAUAA